UAUUUUAAGUUGCCUAUACAUCGUUUGUAAUCAAACUUUUGUCAAAAUACAAAAUAUUAGGUUAAGUUAAAUGCAAUAAAAUUAUUUACAAAAUUUAAUAAUUAUUUAAAUAUGCACGGUUUUAUUUGAUAGAGUAAAUGAAAAUGAUAGAUAAUGUUGGACAUUUUUAAGUUCCUUUUGUUAUUAAUCAAUUUUUCAUUCAUAUUAGGAGAGAAGUGUAUUAAUUUGGAUAUAAACAUAAUCCAAAAUAUUGAAAAGCAAGGAUUUCAUAGGAACAUGGUUUGGCUGAUUGACUCGCAUAUCCCUGAUGAAAAACUAUGGACAGAAGCAUCUUGCAAAGUAGCUUUAAUGUUGGAUAUUCCGGUAGAGAUGUAUGUAGAUCCAGAUCAAAUGAAUGAUUUCCAUAGGAUUGGAAAGUUGGAAGUGUUUAUUGAUGGAAAAGUAAACAUUGAAACUGUUGCUCAUCAGUCCACUACACACAGAGUGUUCAUAUAUUUAAAUAAGUUUAUUCUUAAUAGCAAACAUAUAGAAACUCUACCCAUUCAUUUAAGGUAUCAGAAAAGUCAUUUAGGAGGAUAUGGAAAAGUACCACUAAGUAAAGUAAAUUUCUUGGUAAAUUGCGUGGAACAUAAGGUAUGUGGAAAUUAUCAAGAGAUAAGAGCGCCAAAGAAAAGACAAGAUGUUGAUUCCGUGAUACCUUGGCAAAAUAUCACAUAUAAAGGACAUUUUGAUGUACUGGAGUUAUCUGUUCCUAUAGGAAAUUUAGAACAUUAUCCAUUUGUUGUAAUUAUUACAUAUUUAGUAGGAUGUGCAGGCUGUAUUUAUAUUUUAUCGAUAUUAACAAAUACAAAGAAUAAAAUUUAUAAUUUUAGUAUUUAUUUCUCUUUAAAACUGAUAUUUAUAUAAUCAGAAGAAACUUCCAUUAGUAAGUUUAAAUAUACAUUUACUUACUGCCUAAAUUUCUAGUUACUUACAACUUUAAAAUCAUGAAUUUUGACUGGAUUGCUUUUGACUGAUACAAGUAC